AUGGACACAAGGUUCAACAGUUUCUACUCAGAGACACCGCAUUCGUUUGUCGAAGCGAUGAACUCGUUCCUCGCAGAGGCAGGCAUACGCAUGCUUCGUCCUUCUGUGGUUAGUGACUACGUUUAUCUCAAUCAGACUCGCAAGUUUCACGAGGAUGCGGAAUUGAUGCGUCACAUCGCCGAGCAAGUCAUAGAGCGAAGAAAAGCUUCUUCGUCUAGUAGGAAGGAUCUCGUCAAUGCAAUGCUCUACGAGAAGGACCCUGUCACCGACAAAUCGCUACCCCACAGUAGCGUUAUUGACAAUAUGAUAACUUUUCUCAUUGCGGGUCAGUAUGUGUCGGUCUUUCAAAGAGCCAGACUAACAGAAGUAGGGCACGAAACAACGUCCGGCUUACUGUCUUUUAUCAUCUACUGUCUGGUCACACACCCAGCUGCCAUGGAAAAAGGUCGCGACGAAGUUAUGUCGGUGCUCGGGAACGGUGCGAUGACACAGAAUAUGGCCUCAAAACUACCGUACAUGAUGGGUAUCAUCCGCGAGACACUACGUCUCUAUCCCACGGCGCCCGGUUUCACCGUACAGCCCAGGUCAACAAAUCCGGAGGACUAUCCGAUACACAUUGGGAAAGAACAAUAUGUUGUGCGUCAAGGUGAGGCGGUUUCGGUGCAGAUAGCAACCGUACACCGUGAUCCUGCGGUGUACGGUGAUGAUGCGGAGUCAUUUCGACCGGAACGAAUGCUUGACGACGAAUUUGAAAAGUUACCAAAGAACUCAUGGAAGCCAUUCGGCAACGGAGCUCGAGCUUGCAUCGGUCGUGCCUUGGCAUUGCAGGAGGCUGUAAUCAUGAUGGCUCUGCUCUUGCAGAAUUUUGAUUUCGAGCUUGCUGAUCCAAAUUACGAGCUCAAGAUACGCAAGACCAUUACCAUAAAGCCCGUGGGCUUGCAAAUCCGCGUCAAGUUGCGCGACGGCUUGACCCCUGCCACCCUCCAGCGCAAACUCUUGGGUGGAAAAGCUCCUCCCUCUGGCUCGGGUCGUACAUCGUCGCAGCAAACCAAAAGAAGUGAUAGCCCAUUGGAUUCGGUAGACCUACGCAAGUUACUCAUCUGCUAUGGUUCCAAUACUGGAACGUGCCAGACUUUGGCGCACGUUCUGAGCCGUGAUGCAGUUGCUCAUGGUUUUGAUCCCACAAUAAUGAUAAUGGACAAGGUACAACCUCAUCACAUAACUCCAUCGACCCCAAUUGUCAUUGUCGCUGCCAGCUAUGAAGGCCAGCCUCCCGAAAAUGCUUCGAAAUUUAUCAAAUGGCUACAAGCGCUCACUGAGUCCCCGUUUGAAGGGAUAUACCAUGCCGUGUAUGGAUGCGGCAAUCGCGACUGGGCCGCUACUUUCCAACGGAUUCCAGCCUUGGUGGACGACGCUUUUAUCAGAUAUGGAAGCACACCGAUAGUUAAUCGAGCGGCUUCGGAUGUGGCGGACGGGAACGUUGCGAAUGAAUUCGAUCACUGGGCCGAUGGAGUACUUUGGCCGGCACUGAAGAAGCUGUACUUCCCAGGCGUGUCGGCGCGGUCAUUCGAUAUUUCGCGUAGUGGGAUCAGGAUUUUCCAGUGUCCCCGUACUUCUGACAUCCUUCCCGACGGGAGAAUGGCUACUAUUGAAGACGGACAGAGCCUCACGGCUCCUGGAGAGCCACAGAAGCGCCAGCUCACGAUUCGACUUCCUCCAACGAUGACCUAUCGAGCCGGUGAUCAUAUUGCCAUUGUACCCGCAAAUCACCACGACACGGUGAAGCAAGUGAUGAAUAGGUUUCAAUUGGCGCACGAUACGAAGAUCAUUACAACGUGCGGUGAGGAGCGCAGUGUUUACACACACCUCCGCGACCUUGUGGAACUGAAUCACGUUGCGACCGAAAAGAACAUCCGUGCGAUCAUUGAGACCGUACCGAACAGCAACAAAAGUGACAACUCGUCUAUUCCGAAGGGCUUGUCCGCUCUUCAAAUCUUGCAAAAGCUACCAACCGCCACCCUUCCCUUCGCCGAUUACUUAGACAUGCUACCACCGAUGCGUCCCCGCCGCUACUCAAUAUCAUCGUCCCCGCUUGCGGACCCAACAAUAUGUACGUUGACUUAUAGCGUCCUAGAACACAUGUCCACCCUCUCGGAUGGCACAACAAAUGUGUUUCAUGGCGCAGGUUCAACCUACCUAGCCGGUCUAUGCCGCAACGAUCGUCUCCAUGUUUCUGUGCAGCCCAGCCCAAUCGCAUUUCAUCUUCCUGAAGACCCAGGUGACCCUAUCGUUAUGGUUUGCGCAGGAUCUGGGCUUGCACCCUUCCUAGGUUUUGUACACGAACGUGCGCAGCUUCGCUCUUCGGGCGCAAAGUUGGCGCCUGCACUGCUCUUCAUUGGAUGUCGUCAUCCUGAUCGUGAUAUGCUCUAUUCAUCCCAACUACAAGACUUGGCCUCCUCGGCCGGCGUAAAGCUAUUUUACGCGUUUAGCAGGGCAGAAAGUCAGUCGAAGGGCUGUGAGUACGUUCAAGAUCGGCUUAAGAAAGAAAGGAAACUGGUCGUGGAUGCGGUUGGUCUGAGGAACGGUAGGGGAAAGAUGUACGUUUGCGGUGGUUUGAGGGUAUUGGAGGGUGUGGCGUCAGUGAUGAAGCAGGCUUACGUUGAGUUCGAGGGUGCAGAUGGCGUUGGUGCGGAUGAGUGGUGGGAGGCGUUUCGAGCUGAUGGUGAGAGGUUCGCUUCUGAGGUUUUCGACUGA